AUGAGUGAUAAUUUGAAGAUACUUAAAAGGGAGGUUAGUGCACAUAGAAUGGGGAGGCAUAACUGUGGGAGUAGUAGCAUGGUGGAGGAAUCUUUCUUGGAGCAACAUAGGCCCCGGUGCAGGAUGAAACGGCAGAAGGAGCAGGAGGAGGAAGAGGAGAAGAAGAUGAAGACGCUUUAA